UCUUUACACACACAAAAACGACGCUUCAUUCCAACCACAAUUCGCUACCAUGGGCCAGCAUGGUAGUAAACAGCAUGCACCUCUCACUCUUGGGUAUCUUGAUCGCACCACCAAUGCCACCAUCACCAACCCACCUCCUAUCGAGCAACCUGCCCCUGACUUUGUUCUCGAAAACCCACACCUCUACAAGCUUGAAGUGGCCUGCUGCUGCGACACACCCGAAAGGGACCGGAACAUCAAUAUAUCUCAAACCGGGUUGGCAGAAGUAGCUUCCCAAGAGUGUACUGUCUGCCAGAAAAACAAACGAUUUUCGUUAGUGCGCAAAGAUUUAGCUAAAGACCUGGAAUAUAUUGACGAAACAUAUUAUCCCCCAGAAGAAAACACUGCCGAAUCGGAUCCUAUCCAGCUCGACACCGAACACCACCAAGACGACGAUAACGACGAAUCAGACCCUUUGGAUAGCUCUGUGAGCCAGGGGUUAACAAAACUGACGAUUGGCGAAGCCACCCCUGACAACAAGUCCACGGCCCUAUCUAAACCUUCCCUUUCGGUUGAUUUGUCUGGGCGGGCACUUGUUCGACUUAGUCCCACAGUUGGCUAUCUUCAGAAUCUCACUAAACUUAAUAUAUCUCAUAAUCGAAUAACCAGCCUACCACGCACCAUUGGUCACCUCAAAAACCUCAGAACUCUCAAUGCUUCACACAACCUUCUCGAGUCUUUGCCAGACACAAUUGCUUUUGUAACCAUGCUCAAGGCAAUCAAUAUAUCAUCCAACAAAAUCACCAGUCUACCCAGCUCGCUUGGCUCUCUCCAAAAGCUGGUCAUCAUUGUGGCCCAUGACAACAAAUUGACUACCUUACCCCGGGAACUUGUUCGCCUCAGGAAGCUUCUGUCGCUCAAUGUGUCUAACAAUCCGAUCACAGCAAUACCGGCCGAAAUUGCCACCCUUAAAUCAUUACGCAAGCUUGUGGCAGAAGGGUGUGCAUUCGAACAAGAAUUUGUCACCAAUCUCCCUCACGACCCGCCCUCGCUCUUUGAAUAUUGUGCACGAUCCAUU